AGUCAGUUGCGAAUUGCUCGUGGUGUGAUACGGAUCAUUUUGACGCGCAAUGGAGCGUCUUCUAGUUUUGCUAACACUGACCCUUCUGGUUCCCUCAAUUUACAGCCGGCUCCAUAAAUGCUGCCCACGAGGCUUUGAAUUUAGUGUGAUUGUGAGUGAAGAUGGGCAUCAGUCCUACGAUUGUAUGCCCGAACGUGAAAAUAUGACUGUUUUCGAUGAGGAGGAUUUCUUUGGGGACUUCACGACGGGAAAUGAGAAAAUGAGCUUUCCCUCUUGUUCAGCGAGGCGAAUGCAGCUGUUCCGGUUCACGCGGGAAUUGAUUGCUGUGUCCCCAAACAGCUGUGUGGAUGUUAUUCAAGGGGACUACAUCCUCCUCACGUGCUCCUCCAAAAAUCCCAUUCCAGAUGCCCUCACGGUUCUGAGUGUCCGGAAGUGCUGUGGUCAGGAAUUUGUAUACGAUAUCAAGGCGAGAGAGUGUGUGGUUUCUGGGAAUAGUACCAUGAGGAGCAUACUGCCUCCAAAAUCCUCUCCACUGUUUAUCCGUGGUGCUCCAGAGUGUCGUGAAAGUGAAGUGAUGGUGUUGUUGAUGUCUGGCACUCACGAAAUUGCAAUCUCGGGAGCCACGCUCAUGAUCACGACGUUCGACCGAGGACGUCCUGUGUCUGAAUUUGUCGAUCCUAAUUCAUACUGUGUGGACAGUGCUCCCUCUGAGGAGGAUGAAAAUCGGUGGAUGACUAGGGUUUGUCGCCAUGAGAGCAUCUGCGAGAGAAUCCCUUGUGUCAGGAAGUGUUGUGGGCAUGAGAAAAAAAUGGCCAGGGUGAACAACAAAGCUACUUGCUUAUCCCAUUCCGUUGACAUUAAUCCCACUUUCCAUGUCCUCAAUGAAGAUGAUUUUCCAGAUACUGAUCCACCGACAGCUGAGCCAAGAGAAUUCGGCAUUCGGCAUGGGCAGGAGUGUGAAAAGUACAUCUUGGAUGCAGCAAGUGAUCCACGAGAUAAUCACUAUUUCAAUUCAAAGACUGGGCAUGUGCACCUUGAUAAUUUGGAUCCCAUCCCGGAGAGUGGCUAUUGCAUGGACUUUGUUGAAUUUGCACCUGAUUUUAUAGAGCUCAGGACGUUUCUUUGUUUUGAAACACCACCUGGACACAGCAAAGAACAUUUUAUGGUGUAUGCUAUUGGAUUGAGUAUUUCCUGCCUCUUCCUGGCCGCCACACUUCUUGUCUAUGCUUGUUUGCCCAAGCUGAUGAAUCUCCAUGGAAAAACAUUGGUGAGUCACGUCUUGAGCCUCCUAAUUGCUUACGCAGGACUCUCCUACAUCCAAUUUGGCACGGACUUCCAGCCAAAAUUCUGCCAUACUGUGGCCAUGUUCAUCUACUUCAGUUUCCUGGCCGCAUUUUCCUGGCUUAAUGUUAUGUGCUUCGACAUUUGGUGGACUUUUGGAACUGUGAGGAAUUCCCGUGGAAUGAGGAAAACCCGAGAUGCCUGGAGAUUCACCUGUUACUCCUUAUAUGCUUGGGGAAUUCCUCUUAUUCUAACCCUUUUUACCUACGCCGUAGACACUUUUGAAUGGUUCCCAGAGGAAUAUCGUCCAAGCAUGGGCAUCCGGUCCUGCUGGUUCUCUCAAUCAAACGGUCUGGGGCACAGAUUGUUCUUCCUGCUACCGGUGGGCAUUCAAAUAGUGGCCAAUGUUGUUCUAUUUGUCCUUACGGCAAUCCACUGCAACAAGGUCAAGAGUGAGAUCCAUCGAAUGCAGAAAAGUGAUACAGAGAAGAAAAAGCGUUUCUUCGCAGACAAAGCUCGUCUUGCCAUGAAUGUGAAACUUUUCAUCGUAAUGGGCGUUUCUUGGUUUAUGGAACUUCUAGCCACAAUUUUCCGUGAACCAAUUGAGAUGUGGUACGUGUCGGAUGCAUUCAAUGUUCUUCAGGGAGUAUGUGUCUUUUUCAUCUUCGUAUUCAAGCGGAAUGUUCUGCAAGCCAUCAAGAGGCGACUGGGAAUGGCUGCAAAGACAACCCGUGAGGCAACUGCUGCCACAACUAAAACAACACUUACGGGUUCAGCCCAGCAUAUCAGUUCAGAUGCUACUUCACCAAAAUACGGAAAGCUCAGCAAAAAUUCCAGUAGUUCCUCUGUAACAAUCUCCAAUAACUGCCGCAAAUUCUAAGCUCUUUGGCUAGGAGAUUUUUUUUUCAAAACUACCACAUUUAAUGUACAAGCUUUUCUGUGUUUAUCCAUAUUUUAGACAAGAAAGAAAGAUUGUUGCAGCGAGAUAUAAGGCAGUAUUGAGGAAAUGAAAAUGGUAAAUAAAAGACGUGUUAUCUUUAUAUGGAAAA